UUAUUUUUAUUUAUACAGGAAGUCACCAGCGGGGCUCCGUAAUUUUGAGUAGUAAGGGGGUCGAAACUGAGCCACCUUACCAAAACUGUGUGUUACAGUUGUAUAGAUUCCAAUCAGCUUCCUUUCUUGUAAUUUUCUGAUCAAACCGUAUCUUACGGUCAUUUGGUGAUGCUCCUCCCUGAGCUCAUUAUUCUUAUCACUUAUUUACUAGAAACAGACAUGAUUCGUUCGUACGUUACCGUUUUCAAAUCUCUGUUUAUCUUUUAGGACAGGGGCGUCCAAACCUUUCGUAAAGAGGGCCGAAUCAUACAGUGUAAAAAUAUCUGGACUUUGGACUUUGCAUUAGAAUGAAACAGGCUGUUUUUACAGACUCUCCAGAUCAAGAGAAAUCCUCCAAAGUGAGUGAUGAAGAUCAGAGGGGCUGGUGGUUCUCCGAUGUCCAGGAACGCAGCUUUGACGCCAGGCAGGAGUGCGAGAGCAGCCUGGGUCUAGAUGAGAGUCUGGACGCCCUCCGAGUGGCGGUGAAGGACAUGGGCCCCUUUGAUGGCAUUUUGGGCUUCAGUCAGGGUGCCGCCCUUGUGGCCAUGGUAUGUGCCCUGCAGGAGCGAAAACUAGAGCCUGCUUUUAACUUCCGCUUCGCUAUCCUGGUGGCGGGGUUCCGCAGUGCCUGUGCCCAGCAUCAGCACUUCUACGAGGACCUUCAGGUCACUUUGCCUUCCCUGCACGUAUUCGGACAGGAAGACAAAGUUAUUCCGGAGCAGAUGAGCCGAGACCUGCUGCCUGUGUUCCCUGGAGCUCAUAUCCUUACUCACCCGGGUGGACAUUUCAUUCCUGCUGCCUCUGCACAGAAACAAAUCUACCAGGAAUUUCUACAGAGAUUUCAGUAGGAGGAGGAUGAGCUGGGACAAAUAGCCUUUACCUAAGACUUUCUGAAUGUCCUUUAUUAUGGGAAACCAUGUAUAUGUGGCAGAUUGUUCAAUUUAUACUGAAUUUCAAAUUCUCUAAAAUACAUACUGUACUUAAAAAGUAAUAUCAUGACUCGGCUUCUGGGUCUGUGUGAACUAAAAUGUUUUACUGAAGUUCUCAGGGCGCAGAUACUUGAAUAAAAUUUUAAA